CUGGUCUAACUGCAGGACUGCAGUCACUGGAGGCCGUUGGACUCCAGCAGCAGGUAACUGAAGACAGACAACAUGUCCACAGCCUCCUCUCUGCUGCUGCUCACCCUGGUCGUGAAUGUUCAACUAUGUUCACCAGCUUCACUGCCUGCCAACUUUGCUCAGUUUCCUUUAGCUGCUGAAGAACCGGGUCCGGAAGGUUUUGAACCGGCAGAAACACUCCAGGAGGGGAGCGCCGAGGGAGCGGCUGCAUCUCCUAAUGGAGCUGCUUCUGAAAAUGAAGUCCCAGACUUCUCUGGAGAACCGGUGUCCGUUGGUCCCGAUGACGCUGAGUCUCGGGAAUCGCUCCUUCCUGAGUUUUUGGUUUCCGCUCCACACAAAAAUGUAACAGGUGACCGUGGCUUCGACGUGUCUCCAGAAGAUGGGGAAGCAGAUGUGGAGGAACCAGCACAAACAGCACCUAUCGUUCCUGUGGAGGCUUCAGAACAUGGAGCUGUAGUGGAACAUUCAGAAGCAGUGAUUGUUCUUGACGUCCCCCAUGAACCUCCUCCUGAAACACCAGAAGAGGAGAAGUCUGAUGUUCUUGUCCCGGUGGAAACACAGGGAGAGGAGGUGGAUCCGGACCAAUCUAAGAUGGAGGAUACGGCACCAGAGGAACUUCCCGAUCGGGAGCCAGAAGAAAUUAUAAACAUUGAUUCUUCAAACACAAAUGAAGGUCUUCAACAUGAAGAAGAAGCGUUUGUCUCUGUCCUGGAGGACAAGACUGCAGACGACUCUGGGGUUGUCUCCUCUGAACAACAUGAAGAACAAGUUGAAGCUGCUGCAGAGGAGGCGGCCGUGCAGAAGGCAGCACUUCCAGCUGCCACCGGCUCAGUGGAUUCCUCUGAGGGAGACCAGGUCUUAGCUUCCCCACCAGCACAGGAAGAAACAGAAGCUCCCGAAGAAGACACACAACCAGAAGCUCGUCCUCCUUUUGUCCUCGCAGACGUCGAGACAAACGAGGAAGAACCCACUCCAGAAGACCCGAUCCUCAUCGUUCCCCUGGCAGAUCCAGACCCGUCAGAUCUCCUUCCACCGGAACCGGCCCUGGGUGAACAUAAGGAACCCGCGGACCCAGUCAGGCCCAGCGUGUCUGCCUCUGAGGCCGCAUCUCCAGCACCAGUCCUGGGUCCGGCCCAGAGCGUCCCAUUGGCUCCUGCAGAGGUCUUAACUGGUCCUUCAGCUCAGUCCACCGCUGCUCCAGCGCCAGCUUCCACGGAUGCAGACGCAGAACGGGCCCCAGCGUCUGUGGCAGGUGUCAGUGCCACGGACGCCGGGUUUGAGGCCGCGGGAAUCGUGCCCGGAGACGAAACGGGAGCCCAGACGAACGGAGGGGCCGCGCUCGGGGCCGCAUUCUUCACGCUGCUCGGUUUUAUCCUUGUUUGAGUUGCUGGGGCGAUGGCGUCUGAGGAACUGCGGCGAUUACACGACCCGGAGGUAACGAUCAUGUGACGCGUGACGUGGCUGUUUGAGUGACGCUCGGAGCAGCAGAGGUGCAGCGAUGGGGUCGAUUCAUCACAUCAGGUCUUCACUAAAACCCGGUCCUUUCACGCGUCUUAUUUUUCUCCCACGUUUGGUGACAGAAAGCAAUUCAUGUUGAGGUUUUCUAUUAUGGAGUACUGAAUUUAUGGUUUAUUAAGGAAGCCUGCGCAAAAUGUACUAUGAAUCAUCUAAAGUGUACUUUUAGCUUAAUAAAUCCAUUCAGGGCUGCAAAGUCACAGCUCACUAGUCUGUGAUCAGAUGUCAGACAAUGAUUUGUGUUAGUCGAACGUCUCCAGUGUGUGAAAUUGCAAAACAAAAUAUCAUGUGUUCAAUUACAGUGAAUGUGUGUUGAUGCAGGCUUUUUA